AUGUGGGGCGUGCUCAUUUUUCUGCGCUUUUACUACAUCGCUGGUCAGGCAGGCAUUUGGCAAACGCUUUGCGCCGUGUUGCUCUCCUUCACUGCCGCCUUUUGUACCACUGCGGCGAUGUCAUCGAUUGCUUCGUCCGGCGGUUUGGUGAGCUCUGGAGGGCCUUACUACAUGAUCUCCCGCGCACUAGGGCCUGUGAUUGGCGCCACGAUUGGAAUCAUGUACUGGUUGGCCAUCACCAUGCUGUCAGUCUUAGAAUGCUUGGGCGCCAUCGAGGCAUUGGCGAUGGCGGCACCCUCCGUGCAAUUCCCAGGUUAUCGACAAGCACUGGGCUCCGCCGCCAUGGCCUCUUUGGCCUUCGCGGUGUGGGGAGGCAUCAACAUCGUCACCAAGCUGGGCAUGCUGUUUGCGCUGGUGGUGGUCUUUACACUCUUUAGCUUCUAUCUUGGCCUCUUCAUGACACAGCCAGGCGCUGGGGGUCCAGAUGUUCCCGGCAGUGAAUACAUCACAGGACUCAGCUGGGACACGUUUCAGAACAACUGGAGCCCUCACUAUGAUGAGGGCGUUCACUUCGGCUCUGUCCUCAGCCUCUUCUAUCCAUGCUUUACAGGCAUUUUGAGCGGCGCGAAUCGAGCCGACGUGCUCAAGGCCCGAUCCCCCGCGAAACAUCCGCCUCGGUACCUUUGCGGCGAUCCUGCCUUUUGGACGGAGCCGCGCGCCGCCGGGCCCCGCGCCGGGCCGACCUUGGCGGUGAGUCCAGGGCGCCGGAGCUGGGGGAGAGCCUUUGGGGAGGACGACUUGAUGGGGGACGUCGAGCAGGGCUUUUCGAGAGCGGCCGGAGGCUACGCUUCCACCAGUGGAGCGGCAGGACCACGGACGGAGGCGGGGAGAGACCGGGAUCCCCCACCGGGGUACGAUGGGAUAGAUCCUGAAACUACUUUCCGCCAGUACGAGAAGCAGGUAGCGCUCUGGGAGUUUGAGACUGAUGUUGCACGAGCAAAGCGGGGCGUGAAGCUCCUCCGUCAGCUCUCAGGCAUAGCCCAGACCGCAGUGGACCACCUCGAGGUCGACCAGAUCACCGGGGAGGACGGCGUCAAGAACCUCUUGACGGCUUUGCGGGAGUACUUCAACCCGCAUUUAGAAGUUUCCCUUCCUCGGGCCUUCGAGGCCGCAGUGUACGGUGCACCACGAGCUUCCAAGGAGACCUUUGGCGAGUUCACCAAGCGAAUGGAGAGGGCAUUCGUGAACCUGGCCAAGGAAGGUGUUGAUCUACCAGAUGGUGCACGGGGGUACAUCAUGUACCGUCAGGCGUCCCUGUCCGAGUCUCAGGAGCAACGACUUUUGACAUGGGCCCAAGGCUGCUAUGGGCGCAAGGAGAUGACAGUGGCCCUCCGCAGGUUAGAUAAAGUCAUCCGGGACAAGGAGAAGGGGAAGUCCAGCUUCGUGAUGGAAGAGGGUCACGAGGCUGAGGUCCACACCAGUGAGGCCUAUUUGAAUGAGGACUCCGGCUACCCGGACGACGACGAUGAGAACUUUGUGUACAUCGCGGACGGGGGCAUCAAUGGAGUCUUGGAAACCACGGUGAUAGAGGGUGAUGAGAGCGCAAUUCGCAAUUCGCUCACGAGCCAAGCCCCGCACCUUUCCCACUUCGGCACCAUGGCGGGCAUCCUCCAGAUGGCAAGAGGCUUAGUGGGAAAGCAUCCAACGGUGGAUCCUACACCGAUGGACACCGGAGCUCGUGUUGUGAACCCAAAGGUUCCACUCCGGAACUGGAGGGUCGUGUUGGACAAGAUUGCCACCAUCCUGGUGCUCGCCGCCCUCCAAGGGGCUACGGAAGAGUGGUGUUUGGAGUUGGGGCCAUCGCAGCUGGCAUCCAAGUCGGCGGACAGCAUCGAGGACUACUAUGCCGAGGUGAUCCUGCGCGCGGCUCCAUUGAAGCCGCUGAAGUCGAAGACAGACCCUACAGUCUCGGCGAGUUCAUGCAUUCACCCGAAGGCCCAACUCCGUGGGGGAGGCAAUGGAACCUCCUCGUACGUGGUGUGCCGAGCAUGCCAUUCCAGAUGGGCCCUAGAAGGAAGAGCAGCCGAGAUCCGGAAGCAACUGAAGCAAGGCCCCUUGAGCACACAACAGGACAGCCCAUCCAAGACUCGAGGAGCUAUGAGUUCGGCGCCCAUGACACCGGUGCGAACUGGGGGACAAGCUGCAGACCCGACUUCGCCCAUCUUCACUCCACCCAUGAAGACACAAGGAGCGAUGGUGGAAACCUGGGCUUCGCCGGCGAUCUCCGAGCAGAGCUUGCACGAGAUGAGGGAGAGUUUGAGGCAGGAGAUGGACAUGAACAAUCAGAUCAUGCUGCAGCAGUUGAAGAAACGAGCAGGCCGCCUCCAUGAUCCAAAUCUCUCAGGCGAGCUACGCCCAAGUCAACCACCUGGUGGAGGAAGUGAAGAAAACGGCCAACGCCACUCGGAACCAGGAGCUCAGGCAAGAAAAGUUGAUGCAGAUGCUGCUUCAACUACAGCAGGAACAUCGCCCGGAAGCACACCCCGGCGCGGGAUCGCAACACUCGCCACCAAGACUGCCACCGGGCUCCCCGUCCAAGGUGAUGAUGUGCAAGUGUCAAAAACCAGCGGAGAUGCUGGUAGUGAAGAAGGAGGACAAUCCCCGCAAAGGAAGGAAGUUCUGGAAGUGCGUCCUCCGCAAGUGCGACUACUUCGAGUGGGAGAACGAGAUGGACGGCAUGAGCGACGGGAAGAAGGCGGUCGUCCCGGAAGAGGUGGAGGUGCAGACAGUGGCUUCAUCCCUGAACCCAAGGAGGUCGAAGAGCCCGAGAUCGGAGGGGGUGGUUCCUGCGGUCGUGAGCAUGUCAGCUCCAUGCAGCAACUGGUCCAGGGUCUCCCAAGGAUCCCGGAAGCAUCCGGAGUCAGUGGUGAUCGUCGACGACGAGGAGAUCUAGGAGCUGCUUGGCAACGCUGUGAGGGCAAGAAAGGAGUCCGCUGGGCGAGAAGAGCUCAACGAGGAGACAACCCGUUCUUCGUGGUGGAUAAGGAGCACUACGUGAUGGUGAAUGGAGAAUGGGAAAGGGCACAUGGAAAUAUUGAACCAGGUGCCAAGUCUGUCUAUGUGAGGGCUUCGCUCACACCACGCGGGCAGUUAGAAUGUGAAGAAGAUCGGUUCAAUGACCAGAAGCUGAACCGGUCUGAGAGAAGAAGAUUGGCAAAGGCCAUGAGAGACAGGAGUGAAGCCGUGAAGAUCAGUGAACUAUAUGGCCCAGGCCGCAUACAAGAAGCAGCAGAAGACCUGAGAAUGACUACAAGCAGCUGUUUUGACCUCCUCACCGGUUGGGACCUAUCCCAAGAAGCACAAAGGAAGGCCAUGUGGAAGGCUUUGCGAGAAGAGAAGCCCGACUUCCUCAUAGUGAGCCCACCAUGCACAGCAUUCAGCCAAAUCCAGACCACAAAUUGGGCACGCAUGCUGCCGAAGAAACGAGUGGCGCUGCUGACCGCCGGGCUGGAACACCUGCAACUGGCAGCAGCGGUGAUGAAGUGGCAGCUCAACCGGGGACGACACAUCUUGUUUGAGCAACCGGCAGGCGUCACCUCGUGGAAAGAAGCCUGCAUCCAGUCCAUUGCCCAGAGGCCAGAAGUCCACACCAUCGUCAACCACCAAUGCCAGUUUGGACUGAACGUGGACGACCUCGGACCAAACAAGAAGCCGACCCGAUGGAUGUCAAGCUCUCAGAAAGUGCUCUCGCGGCUGAACCGGAGGUGCACGGGGGAGCAUCAGCAUACCCCACUCCAGAAUGGCAUGCCAGCCAAGGCUGCAAUCUAUCCUCCAGAGCUAUGCCAAGCAAUCGCUCUCGGAGUUGCCGAAGAGAUGGAACCCCGCGAAUGCUACGCGGUGGAAGAGGAAGAUGGCCCUGAAGACGGUGACCCGGAGGAAAUCCACGAUGAAGAAGGAGAUGGUCAAGGGGCCGUGGAGCAGAUGAAGAACCGGUACUCCAACCGAAGCGGGUUCGCACCUGUUCAACGACAGAUCGGGCAAUGGCCUCGGGUGCCUACCGAGAUCACGGCAGACAACGCCAUAGAUCCCACACUGUUGGAUGGAGUCCUCACCGAUGACAUCGAGAAGCUCCAUGAAGUUCGAAGGAUCGCCCACAAGGCCUUUUGCGAGUACAACGCCGACUCCACGAUCAAAAGAGCCCUUCGAUCUAGACCAAGAGUCUGGCGAGACUUCAAGGCGGGCGAGUACGUGUACGUCUAUCGGGUGCCCAAGGUGUCCAGAGAGCAAUGCCGACACGCCACCAACGACGAGAGAAUGGGCAUCGAGGCGGUGAUCACGGAAUGCCAAGACCUCAUUGAGCAAUUCCAAAGGAACCCCGACCGGGCCGCCUACAAGGACAUCACUGAAGAAGGAUGCCCAGAAGAAGAAGAACAUGAAGAAGUUCAAGCAGAAGCUCGAGCGGUCCAAUUCGAGCCUCAAGUAGAAGAAUAUGAACCCACUGAGUAUGAGGCACCGGAACCGGAAGAUCAGAAUGCCCCAGAGGGGACAGAAGAAGAACCGCCGAAGAGGCGAAGGUCCAUCGCCGAACCAGAGCAGAAGGCCCAUCCAGAGAAUCAAUCUGGUGGAGAAACACCUGCUGAGAGAUGGACGCACCCAGCUUUCCCGGAGGGAGUGCCGGAAACCCCGCCAGUGGCCAAUGUAAGACCUCCACUGGACGCCUUGAGUCCAGAACUUCAGGAGGCGGCAGACCGACUAGACGACGUGCCAGGACCAGUUCGAUGGCGGCAAGAGCCACCAGGAGCCAACCCAUACUUUCAAGAGUCAGGUUGGUAUCUACAACCCCUCGAGGAGGAGAGCUUGGAGGAGGAAGAACACGAACUGGACGUGGCGAGAAGAAGAACGUUGAAGGAAUGCCACGACCGAAAGUGGAAAAGAGACAAAUGGUCGUUCGAGUGGGACAAAGGCCAGCUGAUUCGACAUCACGAGAGGAGGAGGAAGGCCUGGUUUGAUCCCCAAGUAUGCGACGAGCCUCCAGUGCCAAUGGAGUUCCUAAAGGAGGAGAAGACGAUCAAGAUGAAGUUCAACCAAAACCAAGAGCCAAAGACCUUGGAAAGGUUUAGUUUGUUCCUCUACGUCUCCUUCUUCCUGCUCUGGGGAAGUGUUGCAACGGACUCCUACCUCAAGGGCGACUUCGUGGAGACGGCGCAUGCUCACGAGCAGCAUCGGAGGCUCUCCGGAGAGGGCGACAUCUCGGAGGAAGCGGGACGUCGCCUGGCUGAGCCGCGCUCGACCGGUCAAGCGGACGGAGGCAUCAUCAUUGCAUCUCUCAGCCAAUCCCUACAGUGCCUCAUCGUGGCACCCCGUUUGCUGCAAAACAUGGCCAAGGACGGCCCGUCGGACGAGACGAGCGGCGAGACGGACCGCUUGAUGCCCGCCUUCCGGCCGCUGGAGGGCUUGUCCUCCAGCGGCGAACCCGUCCGCGCGCAUUUCUUGCAUCGGUUUGGAAAGAGGGAGUGGUGUGGCGUGGAAGAGGCAUUAUUGGUGCUCAUUGGGGAGCUGGAACUAGUGGCUCCACUCCUCUCCAUGCAGGAAGCGACGGCAGCGACGGCAGCGACGGUGGGGUCGGUGGAGGUCUGGACGAUGGGGAGCAAUCAAGGCGAUGCAGCGAUGCAUCGCGAGUCCAGCGCCCAGCUGCUCAAUGGCUAUAAGCCCCAUGACACCGCGCCACCCAAAGGUGUCCACCCACAGCGGCCGCAUGUGCCCCAACCGCACGCGCCGCGGGACGCGCCGCGGGACGCGCAGCUCGCAGCGCCGCGGGAAGCGGAAGCGCGGGAGGUGCCGCCGUGGAUGCAGCCGCCGGUGCGGCGGAAUCGCCACGAGGUGGCUGUGGUGCCGCCCUGGGCGCAAGACACCUUUGCGAUGCCCUUCCCAAAGCGGGAGGCUCCACGAAGGCCAAGCCUACAGGAGCCCAAUCGACGAAAGAAGGAAGGCGAAAAUCCCAUGGCUACGGAGGUUCGUGGCCAGGAUGCUGGGCCAGUGAGGUCAGCUGUGCCGAAAGUCAAGCACGGCUGCUCGGUGGCCUUGGUGAGCCAGGCGGUGGAGCCCAACUUUCAGUACCGGCCCUACAUGGAGGACAAGUACUCCAUCAUCGAUCCCUUCAUGGAGGGAGAGCUGCCCAACGAAACGUGGGGCUUCUUCGCAGUCUACGACGGCCACGGCGGCGCGGCGGCCGCGGAGUUCUGCGAGGCGGAGCUGCACAAGGUCUUGGCGUCGGAGCUGCGGACGGCCCUGCGCGCUGAAAAGCCGCGGAGACCAUCCUCGCCUGUGCGGGAUGAGGUGGUGGCCGAGGCCCUGACGCGGACCUUUCAGAAGGCGGAUGAGCAGCUGCGCUCCGUGGGCGCGUGGCGCUUCGGGUGCACGGCCACGGUCUGCCUGGUGCGGCGCCUGCCGCAGUCGCUGCGCAUCCACGUGGCGAAUGUGGGCGACUCGCGCGCCGUGUCGAUCGACGGCUCGGCAGGCACCCAGCGCUUGUCGAUGGACCAUCGUCCCUCCGAUCCGGCAGAAGCCCGGCGCGUACGGGAGGAAGGUGGUUUCGUGACCAUGGGACGGGUCGCAGGCGAGUUGGCCAUCAGCCGUGCCUUGGGCGAUUUGCUGCUGAAGAGCUCAGGCCUCAGCUGCCGCCCUUCGGUGCGCGCACACGACGCCAAGCGCGACCUCGCGUUGGUUGUGGCCAGCGACGGACUGUGGGACUUUGUGGAGGAGAAGGAUGUAGGCAAAGUCGUCACAGAAAGUAGUCGGAAUGGACUCGAGCACGUGGCUCACAGGCUGGUGCAGGAGGCUCAACGCAGUGGUUCCAUGGACAACAUUUCCUGCCUUGCAAUCUUCCUCUAG